AUGUCCUUAUCAUCGAUUCCCUUCAUACUUACAAUCAUAUUCUCCACUUUUUCUGGAUUCAUUCCAUCCCCCUUCCCAUGCAACCUGAAAACAGCACUGGAUCCAGAAGGAAAUGGGCGUAUUGUGCCAGUCUGUCGAAGACAUGAAUUAAGGGGCCUGGAUGUUACGUUUCUAACCAGAAAAUUGGCUGCAGUCUUAGCGUCGCUGGACUCAAUUAAUUCAUUUAAUGUCACUCUACUAAAUGCCAACGAGUCAAGCAGUUUUAUUGAUACCUUGCGUGGCUCCGCAUAUGACGGUUUUAACGCAGUUAACCGACAAAGUAAGGCUUCCCGGCCGGAAGACCUUUUCGCCAAGGCAGGGAUUACAAUUUCUGCUACUUCCGGUAACUCUGACAUGGACGAAGUUGCGGUACAAAUUGUAGGAAAAGGAGUGUCAUCAACCCCGGGUAUUGUAAUAGGUACCGUUGCUUCCAGAGGAUUACGCCAGCCCUCCAUGCUGUCGUUGUAUGGUUUCUCUCUUCGCGGUGGCAUCGAGUUAAAUGACCACUUGUAUAUUUUUAGUUGCGUAUCCUCACCUUGUACAGUGAACGGAUUACUUGCAAUUUUAACAAAUGGAGAUGUCAACGUAUUGGAACUAAAGACAUCCGAACCGCUGGAGAAUAAUCAAACCAUGGUUUUUGUAAGGGGCCUGGGCGGAAACAAGGGCAUUCUAGGAAAAGAGCAGUUCUCGUCUUUACCAGGAAUUACCAUGUUGACAGCAGUAAACUUCCCGUCGUUUCCGUUCUAGAAAUUUAGUAAUUUUGGCUUUGAGUUUUCAUUUUUCGAUUACUAUAAAUUUCUGUAAUUUUUUGGGAAGAAUUCAAAAUCCGUAUCAGUCAGUAGAUCUAUAGUUGAUUGGCUUUUGUAGAAUAAUUACACAAUUUCAUAAAUUUUGGA